CCCAUAAACCCCCUCCCCUCCCCCCCCAGGGGGCUGUUGGGUGCGCUGUCACGCAGACGCCGCAACGGUGCGUGCGCGUGGGCGGAGUAGCUGUGGGGUUCAGUUAGGCUGAGUGCGGGCGCUGGAGCGGUUCGUUGCGGGAGAUGGCUGACAAGAAGAAAAUCACUGCAUCCCUUAUCUAUGCUGUUACUGUUGCUGCCAUUGGAUCUCUCCAGUUUGGAUACAACACUGGUGUCAUUAAUGCUCCUGAAAAGAUUAUCCAGGCCUUCUUCAACAGAACUUUAUCUCAGCGGAGUGGGAAGGCUAUCUCCCCAGAGCUUCUUACCUCACUAUGGUCCCUUUCUGUGGCAAUCUUCUCAGUAGGAGGUAUGAUUGGCUCCUUCUCAGUCAGCCUUUUCGUCAAUCGAUUUGGCAGGAGAAACUCCAUGCUGCUGGUGAACAUCUUGGCCUUUGUUGGGGGUGCUCUCAUGGCCUUAUCCAAGCUUGCAAAGGCAGUGGAGAUGCUGAUAAUUGGGCGCUUCAUUAUUGGCCUUUUCUGUGGUCUGUGCACUGGCUUUGUUCCCAUGUACAUCAGUGAGGUCUCACCCACCAGCCUUCGUGGAGCCUUUGGAACCCUCAACCAGCUGGGCAUAGUUGUAGGCAUCCUGGUGGCCCAGAUUUUUGGCCUCAAGGAGAUAAUGGGAACUGAAGCACUUUGGCCACUGCUGUUGGGGUUCACGAUUCUCCCAGCAGUUCUGCAGUGUGUGGCUCUUCUUUUCUGCCCUGAGAGCCCCCGUUUCCUGUUGAUCAACAAGAUGGAGGAAGAGAAAGCACAAACAGUUCUCCAGAAGCUUCGUGGUACACAAGAUGUAUCUCAAGACAUCUUGGAAAUGAAAGAAGAGAGUGCUAAAAUGUCUCAGGAAAAGAAAGCAACUAUACCAGAGCUCUUCCGCUCUCCAAACUAUCGUCAAGCCAUUAUCAUUUCCAUCAUGCUACAACUCUCUCAGCAGCUCUCAGGCAUCAAUGCUGUAUUCUAUUAUUCUACAGGGAUUUUUGAAAGAGCUGGUAUCAGACAGCCUGUGUAUGCCACCAUUGGAGCUGGUGUGGUAAACACAGUCUUCACUGUUGUAUCCCUGUUCCUGGUAGAGCGUGCAGGGCGCAGGACCCUCCAUUUAGUUGGUUUGGGUGGCAUGGCUGUGUGUGCUGCUGUUAUGACUAUUGCUUUGGCUCUGAAGGAUGCUGUGGUGUGGAUCAGAUAUAUCAGCAUUGUUGCCACUUUUGGCUUUGUGGCCCUUUUUGAGAUUGGCCCUGGACCUAUCCCUUGGUUCAUUGUGGCAGAACUUUUCAGUCAAGGCCCACGGCCUGCAGCCAUGGCAGUGGCUGGUUGUUCUAACUGGACCUCUAAUUUCUUAGUGGGAAUGCUAUUCCCCUAUGCUGAGAAAUUAUGUGGCCCCUAUGUCUUCCUUAUCUUCCUUGUUUUCCUGGUCAUCUUCUUCAUCUUCACAUACUUCAAAGUGCCAGAGACCAAGGGCAGGACUUUUGAAGACAUCUCCAGGGGCUUUGAAGGACAAGCAGAAACAUGCUCCCUAUCCUCGCCACCUGUCGAGAAGAAUCCCGUGGUGGAGAUGAACAGCAUAGAGCCUGAGAAAGAAGUUGCCUAAGAUUCAUGACACACCCUUUCUUUUGACUCUUACGUAUUCAUAGAGUCAUUAAAGGAAUGAGCAAAGAAAUUACGAGAACUGGAACAAUUUAUUUUCUCUAACUGCUGCUAUUUUCUUUGUAUUCCUCUAUACUUCUCGUUCCCCCUAUUCUGCUAGGCUUACCAGCGUUAAGCAAAUCUGAUAUAUAGGCCAUUUUAAUUUUCUUAAAUACUGGAAGGUACUUGGCACUCUAGCAAAAAUAAUCUCAUUCUUUGCCACAAACAUCAGGUGAACAUGUUGGUAAUACUGUUACUUUUCUCACCUGUAAUUGCUACUUGGAAGUAACAUAAUUAUUUAUGCAGUGACUGUAAUGUAAUUUAAAUACUAUUUUUGUAGUGAGUUAAAGUUGCCCACUAAAUAAGUCCCCUGCCCUUCAUGUCUACUCUGUGUGGGUGUAUGUGUGAGCGUGUAUGUGCAGUGUUACACUGGAAUUUAGAAGCCUACUAAAAAGCCAUCUCCUUGCUUUUUCCUUUCCAGUGUGCACUUUUUUUCAGCCUCAGGAAAAGGGGGACCAAGUUGCAUGCCUAUUUUUUUCUUUUAUUUUUUUGUAUAGACAAACAGAACUUACUUUUACUUAAGUUUAUUUAUUUGUAUGUCACCUUGUAAAUAUUUAUUUUUUUAAUAGUGUACAAAAAUGUACAGAUAAUGAAGUUGAAGAUGUUUGACUUUGUUAUUCUAACAGAAGAUGCUGUAGACUUGAGGUGCAAUAAAACUGUAGAGAAGGAAUACUGUACUGAAGAGUAAGUUGGGUGUUUUGGAUGGUAGAACAGAGCCAAUUGUGCACGUCACCUUUUAAAGUUAAUUCUGCCCUUUAAAAAGUAAUUCAAGUAACUGAAUGCUGAUAAGAAGCAGUAUGUAUGUCCACCAAAAUUCGUAUGCGAUUUAGAUAUUUUGGGUGGUGACUUUAAAUAUUGCUCUAAAGUAUUUGGAAAGUGAUAUUGCAGCAAAGAGGUGUUAUUAUUUUACAUUUUCAGUAACAGUUUAGCGUUGUUCAAGAUGAUUAAUGGUAUUGACUGCAAACCAGAACUUGACUUUUGCCUUCUCUGACUUUUUGGCCUCUCUGCUUUAUUCUAGUAGGCCAGGAAGUUUGAUGCUUGCAGGUAGUUACUUAAGGUGCAUGGGGCUAAAAGUUGUUUUCCAAAGCUGUUAAAUAAUUAUUUAUAAAUAUUGGAGGCAAAACAGACCAUUUAUCUAGCAGGGUCAUGCCAUGGCACAUGUACAUACAUAGAGAUGCUGAAUUAGGGACUAGAGCUACUGGAAUAUGCUAGUUUAGCAGCUUGAAAAAUUCAGUCUAUAGUUGGUUGUAGGCCAAAUGUUUUUGUUCUGUGUCCUCUCUGGAAGAGGCAGUGUCCAGCAUUGUUCAUUGUUCUGUGCAAAUCUGUAGUAUUACCUCUGUUAGACCUAACAAGGCAGACACAGGGGGUAUUACAUAGGUAGUACUCUCUCCUCUUUCUCAUUGCUAGGUAAUCAAAAGUGUGUGUACAUUUACCCACAGUUAUUGAGCUAAGUAUAAGCAAUCAGUUCAGUUUAGGAAGAGAGGAAAAAGUAGUAUAUGAUAUUCUGGGGACUGUUGCUUCCUCUGACUAUAGUGCUCUGAGUCAAACUCAGGUCUGCCUAUAAACUCACACCAGAGUUCAUUACUAGGCAUCUUUUAUAAGAAACAGGUUUGCAGCAGGUUAGAUGAGUAGAAGAAAGAAGGGCCCCGAAUGAGAGAAAUGACAGCAAAAUUGGUAAUAGAACGCAUAACUAAAGUUUUCUUUAACUUGCUAUGAAAAUAUGUUUUCAGGAUUGUCCCUUUGGUUCUAGAGUUGUCUUUAGCAUUUUUUUAAUAACUAGUGAUGAGACUUUUUUUUUUUUU